AUGGCUUCUCAAGUCCGGACGAUCGCCGAUACUCUUGAAAAGCCAGAGCUCGAUGACAGGUCGUACAAAGUGAUAGAACUGCCGAAUCGCCUUCAAGCACUUCUCUGCUCAGACCCGCUUACUGACAAGGCAAGCGCAAGCUUGAAUGUCAAUGUCGGAAACUUCUCGGACGACGAUGAUAUGCCAGGGAUGGCUCACGCAGUUGAGCAUCUUCUGUUCAUGGGCACAGAGAAGUAUCCAGUAGAAAACGAAUACAGCUCCUAUCUCUCUGCCAACUCAGGUUACAGCAACGCCUACACAGCCGCGACUCAGACCAAUUACUUCUUCGAGUGUGCUGCUUCCCACGAAUCUAAUGAAAAGAUACCAAAUGGCACACCCAACGGCACCACGAAGGGGCCUCUAUAUGGCGCACUGGAUAGAUUCGCCCAGUUCUUUGUUGCACCCUUGUUCCUAGCAGAGACCUUAGAUAGAGAGUUAAGAGCAGUGGAUUCAGAGAACAAGAAGAAUUUACAGAGUGAUAAUUGGCGGCUCUCGCAGCUUGCAAAGUCUCUUUCCAAUCCUAGACACCCACACCACCACUUUUCCACAGGUAAUCUGAAAACUCUCAAAGAGAUUCCAGAAAGCCGAGGUGUUCAGAUAAGACAAGAGUUCAUCAAGUUUUAUGAGAAGCACUACAGUGCCAACAGAAUGAAGUUGGUUGUACUGGGCAAAGAGCCUCUGGAUGAGCUUGAGAGCUGGGUAGUUGGUCUCUUCUCUAACGUGAAAAACAAGGACCUUCCUGAAAACAGAUGGGACGGUGUGCAGCCAUUAGCCAAAGAACAACUCCAAACCGAAAUCUUCGCCAAACCUGUAAUGGAAUCGAGGGCUCUGGAAAUCAGCUUCCCUUACCAGGACGAAGAAGGAAUGUACGAAACGAAGCCUUCUAGAUAUCUCAGUCAUCUGAUAGGCCACGAAGGACCUGGUAGCGUUCUGGCGUAUCUGAAGGAGCAAGGCCUGGCAAACUCUUUAAGUGCUGGAGCUCAUACAAUCUGUCCUGGAUCUGCUUUUAUGGAGAUCGAGGUCAAUCUCACACCUGAAGGAUUAACAAGAUAUCGUGACGUGGUCAGAAUCGUGUUCCAGUAUAUUGGUAUGAUGAAGGCAGAACCGCCUAUCGAAUGGAUGUUCGAAGAGCAAAAGAACAUGGCCGAAGUAGAAUUUCGCUUCCGUCAAAAAGCUCCUGCCAGCAGAGCAUAUCAGUUUACCAGUGGAACAAGUAGCGUCAUGCAAAAGCCUCUGCCUCUACAGUGGUUACUGAGUGGUAGCAAGCUGAGAAAGUUCGAUCCGAAAGCAAUCGUUCAUGCUAUGCAGUUCCUCAGAGAAGACAACUUUCGUCUCAUGAUCGUUAGCCAAGACUUCCCAGGUGAUUGGAAUCAAAAAGAGAAAUGGUAUGGCACAGACUACAAGGUGGAGAAGAUAUCAGACGACACCAUCGCAGAAAUACGCCAGGCAUUAUCUACCAACAAAGACAGACCUGCUGAAUUGCAUUUGCCACACAAGAAUGAGUUCAUCCCCACGAAACUUGACGUCGAGAAGGCUGAGGUCAAAGAACCCGCCAGGGCCCCACGACUACUUCGAAACGACGAACAGGUACGGUUAUGGUGGAAGAAAGAUGAUACUUUUUGGGUACCGAAGGCAAACGUAAACAUACUGAUACGAAAUCCUGUGGCCUACGACUCUCCUGCAAACCACGUCAAAGGUGCCUUGUUCGCCAACAUGGUCAAGGACGCAUUGCAGGAAUACUCAUACGAUGCAGACAUUUCAGGUCUAAAUUACGGACUCAUGACCCUUUCUACCGGCUUAGAGCUCAAUGUUCAUGGUUAUAACGACAAGUUGAGUGUUCUCUUGGACAAAGUUUUGGGGACGAUGCGAGACCUUACAUUCCGACAAGACCGAUUUGAUAUCAUCAAGGAACGUUUUGCACGUGAGUACAAGAACUGGGGCUUCCGACAACCAUAUAUGCAGAUUGGUGACCACACAAGAUAUUUGAUAGACGAAAAACGAUUUAUUACAAAAGAGUAUGCCGCAGAGCUGCCUCAUGUGACCAUGGAGGAGGUCAAAAGCUUUGCUCAGCAACUACUGUCUCAGGCGCACCUUGAAAUGCUUGUUCAUGGCAAUGUCUACCGUGAUGAAGCUAAGAAGAUGGCGCAUAUGGUUGAGACCACGCUUAGACCCCGUGUGCUACCACCGUCACAAUUUCCAACCAGACGCAAUAUCUUACUUCCUACUGGCAGCAAUCAUGUAUACAAGCAGCCGCUGGACGACCCGGAGAAUGUCAACCACGCUAUCGAGUACUACCUUCAGGUCGGCUCAAACUGGGACUACGCGCUGAAUGCAAAAACACAACUAUUAGCUCAGAUGACUGACGAGCCCUCAUUUGACCAACUUCGUACGAAGGAACAGCUUGGCUACGUGGUUUGGAGCGGCCUUCGACCAUCUGCAACGAUGAUCGGUUACCGAGUACUCAUUCAGAGCGAGAGGGAGCCUGAAUAUUUGGAAAGCCGCAUUGAGGCUUUUCUGGUCAAGUUCAAGAAAGACCUCGCGGAUAUGACCCAGGAGGAUUUUGACAAACACAAAAAGAGUCUCAUCGCACGAAAACUGGAGAAGGUCAAAAACCUUACGACUGAAACCAACCGACUUUGGAACUAUAUCGCAGGAGAGGCAUACAAUUUCUUUCAAAUUGAUACGGAUGUAGAGAGUAUCCGGAAGUUGAGCAAGCAGGACAUGCAAGACUUCUUCCACCAGUUCAUCGACCCACAGUCGCCGACGAGGGCUAAACUAUCGGUACAUCUGGUGGCGCAGAAGGCGGCGAAGUUGGAGACCUCGCCAGCAGAUCAGAAGCAGCAACUGGCUGAGAUGCUCUCGCAGUAUCUUACAGGACAAGGAGCUCAAGUUGAAUCUGCGGCUUUGCAGUCAAGCUUUAGCGACAUUGAAGUUCAUGAUCAAGCAGGCGUAUUGGCAGCAUGCAAGACUUCCAUUGGCUCAGCCUUGCCAGAGAACAAGCGUGAUGAAGUCCUGCAAGGACUUGAGAAGGCCUUGCCACAAGUGUUUGUUGGUUUGAAGAUACAGGCGCCGGAAAAGGUAGAGCAGCUAGAGACAGCACUGGAGACACCAAAAGCUGUGGUGAUAGAAGACGUGCAUAGAUGGAAGGCAGGAUUGCAGGUCAGUGCAGGUGUCGUGCCAGUCACUGACAUCAAAGACUUUCAGGACUUUGAGAGCAAGCUUUGA